AUGGACUUCGUUAUUGGACUACCGAAAUCCAAAAAUAACUACGACGCCCUGAUAGUGAUCGUAGAAAAAUUCACGAAAGCCGUUAAGCUGAUCCCAGGAACAACGAAAUACACGGCAAUUGAUUGGGCCAAAGCCUACUUCCGACAUGUCUACCCAUCAUGGGGACUACCACAAGUCAUCAUUUCCGAUAGGGACGCCAAAUUCACAUCCGACUUUUGGUCCUACUUAUUCCGCCGUGCGUCCGUCAGACUCGGCAUUACAGCAGCAUACCAUCCAGCGGCCGAUGGACAGACGGAGAGAAUAAACGCCAUCAUCGAGACAAUGCUCCGAUGCUUGUUAUUCCAGCUUCCGGACGACACGAUAUGGGACGAGUUAUUACCAGACGUUGAACACUUUCUAUUCACGUCCAAGAGUGAAACAACCGGCAAAACACCCUUCGAACUACUCUACGGCGUGGAAGCCAGGUCAGAAUUUAUUCCCCAAGGCGACUUCCGAUUUGACUCAGCGGAUGACUUUAUCAAAGAACGGGAACGCAUCCGAGCAGAAGCAGCGGACGCAACACAGUACGCACAGAGUCGCAUGGCAUUCUACUUCGACCAGAAACAUAAACCGGUGGAGAUGAAAAACAAGGUAUACAUCCGAUUAACGAGGAAGCCUGGUCACAAUGGGUACAAAGCGGAUGGAUCUACAGUAUUUUCACCCCUAAAAAUAGGACCAUUUCCCAUCAAAAGACGAAUUGGUAACCUAGCCUACGAGCUCGAGCUGCCACCCGACCUAAGCAUACAUCCAGUGAUCUCCGUCAUCCAUUUAGAACAAGCCCCAGAGGACGAAUGGGACCGCCCAGUGACAACGACAAUCCCAGAAGAAGUACAUCAGAUCCGACUUCCGUUCGAGAUCGAUCAGGUUAUAGACAAGAAACCGAGACCGAUCCAGCAGGGGUCAAAACGGAAGAUCUGGUAUUACCUCGUCAAAUACAAGACUACAAACCAGACAACGUGGCAACCGGCAGCAAUUGUCUCAACCCAAUGCCCAGCGCUCGUCGCGGAAUUCGAAGACAAAACAUCUCCCCCAACCCAACGGACAACUCCCCAAAGACCUGACGAUCAGAGCAAUCAAGACCAGCCCUGA